UGCUUGGUUUUCAUUCGGCCGGAUGCCGUUUGUAAAGCGGGAAGUAUUUUGGCCCACUUGGAGGAAAAGGGAUUCCGUUUGGUGAAUCUAAAAAUGAUUUGUCUAACUUCAGAAGAAGUGACCAAAUUGUUUGAGAAAGAAAUUGAUUAUUCAAAGUCACCGUUCCUUCUGUCAGAAAUGUCCCAAAAGAUCGCGGUCGCUCUGGAACUGAUGUGCAACAACGCAUGCAGUUUAAUUUGUGAGAUCGUUGGCGGUGCUUUCGACCCAAAUGACGGUGUGGUAUUCAAUUCCGAACUGAUUGUCACAGCCAAAACACCGGAUAAGGCCUCUUGUCAAGCGCAUCAAAUUUUUGGCAACCCCGGCGGUCCUAGUUUUCGUGGACUGCCAAGACUUCGGGGAACCACAUUGGGCUUGAUUAAGCCGCAUGCGGUGGUGGAAGGUUUAACCGGGAAAAUCUUAUCUGUCAUACAAGAGCAAGGAUUUUGUAUCACUGCUGCACGACUGUACAGAUUGUCCAAAUUGGACGCGGCCGAAUUUCUCGAAGUAUACAAAGGUGUGGUUCAUGAGUAUCCGGAAAUGUUGGACCAGUUGUCCUCUGGGCCGUGUGUCGCACUGGAAGUGAUGUCACCUGGGGAAUCCGGUGAUGGAAAUGCGCAACGGCUGUUCCGAGAGUUGGUUGGUCCGAUUGAUCCGGAGAUCGCUCGAUUUUUACGACCCAAUACUUUACGAGCGCAAUUUGGUGUGGAUAAGGUGAAAAACGCGCUGCAUUGCACCGAUCUACCGGAAGAUGCUGAACUGGAGGUACGGAAACCCCAAAGGGUUUCAAUUUUCAAUGCCAGUGAAGUGUUCGUAUUACAAAUGGAAAUCACAUCUUUGCAACAUAUUAUAUCUUAA